AUGAGUUGUUUGUCAACUAUUUCGCUUAAAUCACAGAUUCUACCCGUUUUUGCUAACGGGCCUUCGGCGGUGCCGUUGGGGCUUACCCCGUCUCCUUCCGUUUCCUCUUCAUCAGGCUCUUCAACCCUAUCGUCGCCGCCAGCUUUGGUGCUUUCACCUCAGCUAGCUGCUGUAAUGUCGACUACAGUUAGUCCAACGUCAUCCACGGAAAACACCAAAAAGGUUAACGAGAAAGUCAUAGUUGGUGCGAGUAACAGCACUGUGGAUGCCCUCAGAACUCCUCAAAACAUGCUUGUCACGCCAACAUUAGGCGAUUUUCCUAAUACGGCCGAAUUGAUGCAAAAAUGCCUCGCCGUAAAUCCCUUUGAAUUGAAAUUCAAAGAAGCGAACAGAAUGCUCGGCUCUACUGGCACUUCGCAACGGGAGUUGGAAGAAAAGGGACUUGUACCAAAGAUCUCAAUAGAUACCCCAAGUGUUUCCACCAUUUUAAAAUCUCCUGGAAUCUUUACCAAUAUCUCGCUCCUUCCUACAAUAUCGAAUGGAGAUGUUGGCGACUUGAAGACUGCAGAUUUUUCAAAGCUCUUUCAACAUUUCAAAGAACAAGGAGGGCUAUCAACACAGCCGUCGAUGGAUUGCUCAAAUGCCCCACGGACAGCUGAUGUAUUAAAUGCGGUUCUCGAUAUGCACUCUGAUCGCCUUCAUCUGUUCAAUCAUCUUCUAACACCGAGUACGGCAAACAUUUUAAACUCUUUGACUCCAGCUGGAUCAGCUCCAAACUCGGCGGGAGUUUUGGGAGUUCCCGUUACAAUACCACAAGUGAACUCGCCGGCACAGAUAGCUGCUGCACUUGCUUCUGCCGUUGCUUCUACUAGCGGGGUCAAUUUGGCGCCACCAAUUGUUGCUAUUUCGUCGGCAAGCCCACAACUAUCUCCUCGCAAUCUUGCUUUUAAUGAUCUGUCAAAUAGCCAACUCCGUUCACCCCAAUCUGAUCUUGCUUCUGCUGUCACUGCUGCAGUUCAGGCUUCCAAUGCACUAAUUGGGAUGAAUGGUGGACUACUGCAGGCUUUAAGCGUUGACCCUGCUUCAUGGGAUCCACGCGAUGUGAAGCCUGCACUGGUGCCUCCUGGAGGCGGCAGCUCAAAUAAAACGCCCCAAGUCACUCCGCGUUCCGAUUUUUACGACGACUAUGGACCGGGUGUGAGCAAUGGAUUCGAUCACAACCCAAGAAGUAACGAAUCUGAAGUUUCAUCAAGUUGUGGGUCGUUGCAUGGCACCUCGAUGACUGCGAGUGGAACACCCGGGCGUGGACGAGGACGUGGUCGAACAACUACUGCCGAUAUGCCCCCGGACGAACGACGCCUCACGAUUCUUGAGAGAAAUAAAGCUGCUGCUGUUCGAUAUCGGAAACGAAAGAAGGAGGAACACGAUGAUAUGAUUGGUCGCGUUCACAUACUUGAACAGGAAAAAGGCCAACUUGCGACUCAAAAUCAAGUUCUGAGACGGGAACUCGAGCGCGUCACGGCCGUAUUAAAAGAACGAGAAGCACGUUGUGUUUGCUUACAUGGCCUCCCGAUGAGUUCUGAGCUUGGAAUUGGCACAGACCCUGGGUUCCUUCAUCAACAAAACUUGAUGCAAGCAGCAAUGGGAGGCUUGAAACGAAAAAUA